CAUGCCGACGGUUUCUCCCUGGUUUCUCAGCCCCUGGGAGAAGACUCAGGGAGACAUCGAGACACACCCUGCACAGGAGGGGGAGGGGGAGAGCAAAGUCCCAGGGCCCCAGGAGUGGCUCUCAAGGGCUCAGGCCCCGAGGCGGUAUCUGGGGUGGGGAGGCUCAGUAUUGAGAAUUCCCCAUCUCCCCAGUUUCUCUUUCUCUCCCAACCCGUGUCAGGUCCUUCUUCCUGGAUACUCACGACGCGGCCCGAUUUCUCACUCCCACUGGGUGUCGGGUUUCUAGAGAAGCCAAUCUGUGUCGUCGCAAUUCCCGGUUCUAAAGUCCCCACGCACCCCCCGGUACUCAGAUUCUUCCCAGACGCAGAGGUUCGGGUCAUGGCGCCCCGAACCCUCCUCCUGCUGCUCUCAGGGGCCCUGGCCCUGACCGAGACCUGGGCGGGCUCCCACUCCUUGAGGUAUUUCAGCACCGCUGUGUCGCGGCCCGGCCGCGGGGAGCCCCGGUACAUCGCCGUGGAGUACGUGGACGACACGCAGUUCCUGCGGUUUGACAGCGACGCCGCGAUUCCGAGGAUGGAGCCGCGGGCGCCGUGGGUGGAGCAAGAGGGGCCGCAGUAUUGGGAGUGGACCACAGGGUACGCCAAGGCCAACGCACAGACUGACCGAGUGGCCCUGAAGAACCUGCUCCGCCGCUACAACCAGAGCGAGGCCGGAUCUCACACCCUCCAGGGAAUGAAUGGCUGCGACAUGGGGCCCGACGGACGCCUCCUCCGCGGGUAUCACCAGCACGCGUACGACGGCAAGGAUUACAUCUCCCUGAACGAGGACCUGCGCUCCUGGACCGCGGCGGACACCGUGGCUCAGAUCACCCAGCGCUUCUAUGAGGCAGAGGAAUAUGCAGAGGAGUUCAGGAUCUACCUGGAGGGCGAGUGCCUAGAGUUGCUCCGCAGAUACCUGGAGAACGGGAAGGAGACGCUACAGCGCGCAGAUCCCCCAAAGGCACACAUUGCCCACCACCCCAUCUCUGACCAUGAGGCCACCCUGAGGUGCUGGGCCCUGGGCUUCUACCCUGCCGAGAUCACGCUCACCUGGCAGCGGGAUGGGGAGGAACAGACCCAGGACACAGAGCUUGUGGAGACCAGGCCUACAGGGGAUGGAACCUUCCAGAAGUGGGCCGCUGUGGUGGUGCCUUCUGGAGAGGAACAGAGAUACACCUGCCAUGUGCAGCACAAGGGGCUGCCCGAGCCCCUCACCCUGAGAUGGGAGCAGUCUCCCCAGCCCACCAUCCCCAUCGUGGGCAUCGUUGCUGGCCUUGUUGUCCUUGGAGCUGUGGUCACUGGAGCUGUGGUCGCUGCUGUAAUGUGGAGGAAGAAGAGCUCAGAUAGAAACAGAGGGAGCUACUCUCAGGCUGCAAAGAGAAGAGGCAAACACAAGAUACACUAUAAGCAGAGUAAGGAAGGAAAAUGCUUGUGUUAGAAGGUGGCAAGUGCUGUGAGGUCUCAAUUUUCCUCAUAACCACGGCCUUGGAGGAGCUGGUGUGGCUGAAGGAGCUGCAGCCCCUGCCAGAGCCAAAUCUGGAACCCAGGCUGUAGCUGAGGCCAGGGCUUGUGAGGGCCCCGUAGGCCAAGCUCAGCCUACCUGAGUAGCCACUGGUGGUCUUCGUGUGGAUACUCAUGUUCCGUAUCCCAGAUUCCAGCCAGCUCUCCCUGCUCUACAGCAGCUUCCUGUAGGUGGCGAUCUCAAUGUCCAGGCCUGCUUGAUGUUUGUCAGCUCCUGGUACUCACACAGCUGCCGCACCAUGUCCUGUUUCACCCACUGCUGGGUGGCCUCCAGCACAGAUAGCUUGGCUUCCUUAAUGGCCAGCUCCUGAUGCUGCUCUGUAUCUGUGAUGGCAGCCUGCAGGGAGGCCCACUGGAUUUUGAGGCUGUCAAUCUCAGCCUGGAGCUAGCUGAGGUUCCAGGUCAUCUCUGAGAUCUCCGUCUUUGUGUGAUGCAAGCUGUCCAGUGCUUCCCAGCCAGCGCCUGCGGUUCUUCAUACUUGACCUGGUGCAGGCUCUCAGCCCUGGCCCAGCUUCAGUUGGUGAUCUCCUCUUGCUGGGCCUUAACCUCAGCGAUGAUGCUGUCCAUGUCCAGGAAGUGGCUGUUGUCCAUGGACAGCACCACAGAUGUGUCCGAGAUCUGAGAAUGCAGCUCCAUGAUCUCCUCUUCAUACAGCCACCUGAGGAAGUUGAUCAUUUCAGCCCUUCCAGGCGAGACUCCUGCUUUACCUCAUUCAUGUAAACUUCAGCCACAUCCUUCUUGAUGAGGACAAAUUCAUUCUCCUUCUCUGUAUCAAUAUUGAUCUCAUCCUCGUACUAGUUCUUGAAGUCUCCCACCAGUCCCUGUGUGUUGCCAAACUCUGCC